CAAUCAGUUUCAGUUCCGAACAGUUCGUCAGUCUGUUCAGUUCUCUUGAAAUAAUUUGAUUAAUUCCAUUCAAGGGCUUAAAUUACGAUAAACUUACGUUCUACUGUUAAAGUAGAUUCAAAAUAUUAAUAAAAAGUUCAAGUAAGGUGAAUUGAAAAUCAUCUCAUUUACUAAUUCAAGAAAUUUUGAUAUAACAGUUAAAAGUUGCCUUUUCAAAAUGGUCUACGCUCCAAAUAAUAGGACAACCGCCGAAUCUGCCGUUAUGGCGAGAACUACCCUGCGAAGGAUCGCUCGCCAUGAAGAACCAGAGUUCAGCAACGCGAGCAUUCUUAACAGCAUGGAGCGUUUCGUACGCACCGUUAAUGAAAUGGAGGAAACAAUCUUGGUACCAAGUCGUUUGCUGGACCUGGCCGUGGGUGAUGCUGCCGACACCAUUACCAUGAAGGGAAAGCGUGGCGCCACCAUUAAGGACACCAUGGCGAACACUGAUCUCUUUCGUCUGUAUAACAUCGUCAACAGGACGAAGGUCGAACUCCUUUGGUCCCAGGAACCCGAGGAGGACGAUAUCAUUGCUGAUAUCGAAAAGGAAAAGAGGAGACCUGCCACUCUAACCCGAAGACCAAGCACUACAUCCAUGCAGAGCAUUCACAGUGCUGCCUCCAUCAGUUCAAACGCAUCGACUACGUCAUCCUCGUCGGUCUCGUCCUCUGCAUGCGAUUCGGAUUCCGAUACCGGAAUUGAAAAUGAUUCUGGUCUUGAGAACGAGGAACCUAGCGACAGGCUGGCCAAUAUCGCUGCUGAUAAUUUCCGAAGACAUCUCAGGGGUCUUCAUCGCAGCAUUGAAAGGAUGACUGAAGCCGCUGCCUAUCUGACACUCAGGUAUCAAGCUGAUGUCGGUGGGCAGGUUUGAUUCUCCCGUUUUCUAUCGCGUCAUUUUACCCUCCUGUUAAGUUACUUCUUAUUAUUUUUAAUAUUAUUAUUAUUAAUAUUGAUCGUGCAUUAUAGACUUUCUGCUACACGAGCUUCUCGGCUUUUGGCAAUGUCAGAGACUUUAGCCAAAUUCUUCAUUAUAAGAUUGCGUAUUUGCGCUUUAUUAGCUCAUUAACGCGUGAACGCUCCUCCUGAUCUUGAUGCGCUAUGAAUAAUUCUUUUUGUCUUUAUUGAACUUGCCUUAUCGUCAUAUUCUAUGUGCGUGUGAAUGUUUCGAUUAGUGCCUGAUUUAGAUUGUAAUGCCGUACCUCUUAUUGUGCAAACUCUUGUGAUGAUGGUUAGUUGGUUGUUUUAUCAAUGCUUAAUUAUUCGUCGUUACUGGGACAAAUAUUUAUGUUGAGAAUUAUUGAAUUCGUCAAUGGUAUUCUAUGUUCAUAAUGAUUGGGUCUUGUUCAGAAACUUGGGUAACGUUUUCGCGUGGUCGAGGAACGUUUUCUAGUUGGAAAAAAUAAUUUCAAUAAUGGUGUUAAGAGUAUACGCGAAAUAAUGAUUGUUUCUUCAAUAGAUAAGUGGAAUUCUUCUUGGAUUGGGAAAAAAAAGUGUUUCGUGAGUGAAGGGAGAAGUUAUUGCAAAAGCAUGUUUGCUCGGUAUAAUGUUUUCUUACAAACAUACGGGGUGUAAUAUUUCCGUUUUUGAAAUGUCGUAAGGAGUUCUUAUCGCCGAGGCCAUGUUUGCACGCCAGCGAAAUUUCAUAAGACCUGAGGUCGAAAUAUAUUUUGGAUCGGACGUACUUUAUGGGUUACGGUCAAAGUACAUGCAUUCACGUUUAUCAACAGCCGUUAACUCUUUUUCUCAAUUUUCAUUUGUCAUUUGCAGCUUGUUUCUUUUUUCAUUACUUUUGUAACUCUUGCAUAAAGUGCCAAGGAGUGUACAGUUGCCAUUGGGAGUGUCGAACAAAAAAUUAGGUAUGUAGAUAAUUAUUGUCGACAAUAUUGGGGAUAUUGAAAUAUUUCGAUCCAAUGUUAUCUUCCACCUAAGGUUUGAUAAAUGAGAUAAGUUUACUUUAAAUUAGUAAGAAAAGAUUGUUAAAUGCAUUUCUUGAUUUUCAUAAUGGCGCAUCAAGUUCUUAUGUUUCACGAAUGUUAGAGAGAGAAAAUGAAUUUCUAGAAAUAUCAUAGACGCACGUGAUAUUGGAAUUUUUCGAAAAAUAUUGCAAGACUGAAAAGAGCGUGCACGGGGAGUAGGCUUUCCGAAUUUUGUUUGGAGAUCAAAGAUUAACUGGAAAUACGAGGAUGUUUUUUAUGUUAUGACAAAGAAAAUAAUAUAAUGAAACGUUUGAAGAAAAAAAAAUAAAGAAUUGCGAUAGUGGAGUAUACAUUUUUCGAAAAAUACCAAAUACAAGUUAAGGACUAAGACUAUUGAAGACGAGAAUUGUUGAAUAUAUUUUCGGGAUAAUAACAUUGUACGACAUCGAGCCCGGUUAUUGAACAACAAGAAUAUAGUACUGAGAAUUUUUGAAAAAACAAAAUAAAAAAAUAGUAAAAUCCAACAAUCUCUUGCAUUUUUAAGAUCAAGUAGUAAAAUGGUCCGAAUCCCAAGAAUUCCAAACGUCGACCGAUCCAUGAAAUAUGUAUAUCGUGAUUCAACCGAAAACGUUUGUCUCUUGCAUCUAGUAGAAUAUUUAAAAAAAAAAUUAAAAAAAAACGAGAAAAGCGAGUGAUAUUCUGUAUAUACGGUUCAGGUCUACGAUUAUUUAUUUUUUAUUACACUGUACUCUUAAGCGAGCAAUGAAUUUAUAUUUAUAAUUCUCCUUCUUCCCCACCUCACAAAACCUGAAACAAUAAUUCAAAGCGUACACAUUUCUGCGAUUUGGAACAAAAGAAAAGAAAUAUUCCCCAAUCCACAAUUACAUGCCGUAGUCACUCAAUUUAUGUAUUUUUUGUCUACUCUGUCAACUUCAAAAUGUCUGCAUAUUCACAGUUUAGAGUGUAAUCUAUAAAGCAAUAUUAUUUCACGAUAAAUAAGUACAACCACCGAUUAUCAAAAUUGUUCUGUAUGGUAAACUUUAUUCACAAUGCUUCUGAUAGAAACUACGAAUUAGAGCGUCAACUAAACGAACAAACAAUUGUAUAGAGAUUUAAUGCAAAAUUAUAUUCUACUGUUGGAAUUUAUUGGGAUACGACAGAAAAAGUAAAACUUUUCAAAUCGAUGACAGUUCAUGUGUCCCAAAGACUCCACUGUCGUAUCGCUAUUUCUUUAGUAAUAACAGUCAUUGCGUAAGAUUAAUUAGAAGAAAAUUUUGGAAAAACAGCAAGACACCGAAAGAAUUUCUCCCUGUAUAUAAUUUGUACAUACGAAUAUACGUGUAAUAUAAAUUAUAUAGGUGUUAAUAAUGAUGGCUUUAUAUAUAUA